ACAAGACAAGUCCCCAUCCUGUUGUGAAAUAGGAUGUCGACGAAUCCUACGCUUAUGGGAAGUGCCUGUUUGUUUUGUAUCUUGUCGAGAUUUUUGGGCAAAAAGGCAUUGCAUCCGAACAAAAGAUGCCGCUUAUAGUUAAAGUGAACCCAGCAGCGAAUUACCCGAAUGAUAGCCUUUUAUCGCCACAACAAGUAGAUCCCAAAUACACCGAGACAUCACCGUUGCUAAAAGAGAAGAUCAGAGCUAAACAUCGCCACUUUCGAGAGGCCGUCACACGCAGACUUCGCCAAAGUCUCAGAAUGAGACGUUUACCCGUGUUGAUGCUGAUUUUGAUCGAGGUUUUUGAACGAUUUGCCUACUACGGAAUAUUGAUCAACUUUGCAUUAUUCCUCAACAAGUGCUGCGGAUGGCCCUUGUUCGUAGCCGUAGCGAGUGCAAUGGCGUUUUCCUCAGUUUCCUGGUUCAUGUGCGCUGUUUGUGGUGUCAUGGCGGAUUCUCGCUUUGGUCGCUAUAACACCAUUGUUUGUGGCUUCCUGGUCUAUUUUAUUGGUGCUGUAAUUCUGGUGGUGGUUGCUUUCUUGAUGGGGCGCUAUUACUUUCAUAGAGGAGAAGGUCUCAUUGACGAGCCAUGGAUUUUAAUGACUCUUCUUGUGGGCUUCCUGUCUGUUUCUGCAGGAGAGGGAGCGGUGAAAGCAAAUUUAUCUGCUUUUGGGGCAGACCAACUCAAGAUGGAUGCCCCGCGACCAGAUUACAGAACAUUGUUUAAUUGCUUUUAUUGGAUGUCCAAUGUGAUUUCACUUCUUUGUCUUGCUGGAGUCACUUACAUUCAACAACUAAAAUGGAACUAUGCAUUUACUAUUGGCUUUGGUCUUCCUGCAUUUUCACUGACAUUAGCCUAUGUAUCAUUCCUUUGCUGCCGCAAAUAUUUUUCUGUUAAUAGACCACUUGGCACCGGGAUUAGAAACAUGUGGUUGAUCGUUAAACAGGCAUGGUCCCGAAGACAUGCUGUUAGAGUGGAAACAAGGUAAAGUGCUUCUACAUGUAUUAUGUGAAAAUUUUGCAACAGGGCCUUUUAAAGCCUUAGAACACAGCUGGGAUUGUGCAAUGCCACCACUGGUUUCCUCAUGAAAUGAUGUCUGAGGAACAAGUGCAGAAAUUCCACACUGAUGAUGUAUCACUACCCAGAUCUGGGUAGUGCCUGUCAUUGGUUUUCUAAUAGGGACAUUUGCUUCAACCAAUCAGAAGCAUUCCUCAGAAAUGUAUAGUGGCAUGUCAUCAGUAUGGAAUUUUUGCAGUUGUUCCUUAAAUGUCAUUUUGCAUGGAAACCAGUGGUAGCAUCGCUGUUUUCUCAGGGUAGGCCAGACAUAAUUCAGCAAGCGUCACACUGUGUUGGAAGGCUGAUUGGAAGAAACUUGCUCGGAUAAUACUAUUAAUUUUCCUGUUGCUUUUAUGUAGCUCUUGUGAUGCUUAAAGUUAUAAUAUUACGGCCACUUGUGAAAAGGUUUUUAAAACACACUGAUGCCGAAGGAGCACUUUCCUUACUUCACCACUCCCAAUAGGAUUGAUUACCAGCCAUUGUUCUUGAAAAUGAGCCCACUCUCAGGAUCAAAGAGCAGAGCUGGGUGAUGGCAGAAAUCAAGCCACUCUCUCAGAGGAAAAAAAACAGAGAUUCUAUACCUACAUGUAGCCUGGUUUUCUUCCCAUUAAAUUUUUUUUCUCUAAUCAAACUUUCUUUACAGGCAUGAUAGCAUGGAAGAUAAUAUUAUAUAUGUUACAGGUCAAAAUUAAAUUUAGAUUGAAAUUUUUUAACCUAGGAUUCUUCUCCUAGCCCAAAUUCAUGAAUGAUUAGGGCCAGCAGACAAAGAAAAUUGAGAAUCAACCCAGGUUAGAAAAUUCUAACCUGAACUUAAUUUUGACCUGUAACAUAUACAAUAAUAAUAAUAUACUGUGAGACUUGAGUUCGAAGGUUGUCAAGAAAGCUAAUGUUUGCAGGUUAAGUUUGUGUAUGUGGUAUGUGACAAAUCUGUAGUCUGUGAGAAAUUGAAGGAAGCUCAAUACUCUGCAUACCUGUGAAACACAGGGUUUCCAGCAUGUGGGAAAACUGACAGAUUGUCUACUUGUGUGGGAGCACAGGGUGCUGCUAGAGCACAGCGUUAUAUAACGUGGAAUCUUCCAGGCUGUAAUGUUCACCAGUCAAAUUCCAUUUUUAGGGAACUGAUUCCAAGAAGUAUUACAAGUAAUUCAUCAUCAUCUGAAAGUGAUUGGCUUGAUAGGGCUGCCAUCACAUAUGGCGGGACAUUUUUGGAGGGAGAAGUGAAUGAAGUCAGGUGUUUAUGGAAAAUUGUGGUGUUUUCUAUUCUACUCAUCCCUUACUGGAUGAUUUAUGCACAGGUAAAUUGCAUACAUUUGUAUAUAGUUCUCUUAAGCUUUUAGCAGUAAAAAGUUUGGAUCAUUAUACGUUUCUGGGAAACUGCCCACCUACCCCUCCCAUAAGCCAACAUUAACAUUUACUUCUCACUUAUGGCAAAAUGUUGGCUUAAGGGAGGGGUAGGUGGGCAUGCAGUUUCCCGGUAAUGAUAAUGAUCCAAAAGUUUAACCCUUGGUCUCCUAAAAGUGGCUAAUGUAAUAAAAUUGACAACAGAUUCAAAUAUCUUUUUAUUGUUAAAUUUCAAAACUAAAGAAAUAAAUAGCACUGUUAAAUAAUUCUGCCAAUGACCUCUAGUUACACAUCAAAUUUGAUCUCAGGUUAAUUUUGAUUUAACCUAGAUUGAUUCUUGAUUCCCUUUACCUCCUAGCCCCAUAACACAAAGGAAAUUGAGAAUCAACUUACAUGUAGGUUAAAAAUUUUUUUCAUCAGAUGAACGGGCAAGGGCCAAUUCCAAAACACAACACGUGAACUCACAAUCAGCAAAUGUUUUACUAUUACCAAACCAUAAAAAAAAGAAAAAAAAGUAAAUUCCUACAAAGAGCGAAAAAAUAAUAGUUACAAUACAGAAAAACUACUUUAAAGAGACUGCAAAAUGAAAUUAAUGAAAAAACGAUGAAAACGAAGCUGCUUACCAAAUGCUGAGGAUAACAGAGACGGUGGUCAGGGCCACCGAGGAAAAAGAUAAUCUACUUCGACGAAUGUUGUUACACUAAUAGACACAUAAAAACUGGUAAUAAAUAGGGGCAAGAUAACAAACUAUAACGAAAUUUACAUACAGCACGUAACAAAGGAGCGUAAUUAACGAAAUACCGGAGAGCGAAAAGAAAACAAAUACACGAUAACAAGUAAGUGAGAAAACGAAAAACAAAAGGAAAAAAAUUUGCCCCAACAUCAGAAAUCAAAUAAAUAAUGACCCUGUAACGAAGCAAGAGUGAAAUUCAGAUACAUGUAGUUGAUACUGAUAAAAGUAAAUAAAUAAUAAGUGUCCGAAAUAUAUCAGAAAGCUGUCUCUUAAAGAUAGUCAGUCAAAGAAAAAAUAGUGACUCAGGAACAGUGGGGAAGGAGUCUGCCUUAUGAAAAUUUCUUAAGAGAGCCUUGACUUUAUGUUUUGUACUAGCAGUACAGGAUUUGAAAGCAGGGUUCGGAUUUCCCCAAAGUACAGCACUUGCCCCUGGGGCAAGUUAAGAACAAAAAUCACUAGCCCGAUAGCAAAAUCCACUAGUCCUGGGCUAUCAGACACAACUUUCUUUGCACGCUGUGAAAGGUUCCUUGUAUAGAUGGGUUAGUCCUGAGGGAUUGUGUACAUAGCAGCACGCAAUUGACUUUGAUUCUGGUAAAUAAAUGACCUCUGCAAGGGGCGUCAAAACAUCAUGGACUGUCUGCGUCAUCAACAAGCAUGCAGGACUACACGAUAUCAACCAUCAUUUACAUUUACCCACCUACCUUGUUGCUCAGUGGGUCUCAGCCUCAAAAGUACAGCACUGUACAUUGUAUGCCCAUCAAUAAUUAAUUUAUCUUUAAAUUUCUAGCUUUACAGCACAUUUAUCCUACAAGGGUUACACCUUCAGGCAGAAUAUGGAGAGUUCAUUGUGCCUGCUGCAUGGCCUAGUCUUUGUGAGAUUGUUAUUCUGUUGAUCCUGGUUCCAGUAGUUGAGAGAGGUGUUUAUCCUGGCUUGUCUAACAAGUGUGGAUUCACCAUCCCAAUGCUAAGCAGGGUCAUCUUAGGGAUGUUAUUGGCAGCUGGUUCUGCAGGAAUGGGUAAUUGAUUAUCAUGAUAAUUAUAUAACCAGUAAAUUUAUAUACAAGGUUAAUUUAAUCACUGUAGCUUUAACAAAAACAGCAAAUAAUAAAAUAUAUGCAUUCAGUAUAUACUUCCUAUUAGCUGAGUCAAAUUUCAUAUCAUGUAACGAUGACCUAUAACUCACUUGCAAUAGUUAUCAAGAUAUUAGAUCGUAUUCACCCAUAACCUACUGAACACAAUUAUGUACUUAAAGUUUACUUGUAGUUUCCCAACUUACAGAUCCUGAUGAUGGGCUUUUGUCUGUUUGCUCCCAUAGAAACUGUAGAUUCUUAAAUCUUGAUCAUCGUAACACUUAAAGGCCUCUGAGUCCUUUGUCAGAGACCUACUCCUUGUUCCACAGAAAAAAAGACAGUACAUAAUUAUGUUUGCUAUUUUUGAUGAAGCAGUGAUUUCUUUUUUCGGUAGCUGGCCUUGUGGAGAAAAAGAUGACAAGUAGCUUCCUUGAUUCUGGCGCAGAUAACCACACAGCAAGUGGAAAAACGUACUUUUUUGUCAGGAACUUCUCUAUCUGGUGGCAGAUUCCUCAGUAUUCAUUGAUGGGCAUGAGUGAAGUCUUUACUAGCAUUCCAGGUAAAUACAAUAAGGGAUUUGAAACAGUAUUUGAACUCGUGCAGAAACGAUUGCCAAGCCAAUUAAAGGGGCAGUAUUACGAGGUUUCCUCCGAUUUGUUUUCUUCGUUUUAUUGCUGAUAUUUGAUUACCGUAUGUGCAAGAGACUUUUUGAUGCGUGGUUUUAGUCUGAGAAAACAGCCGACACUUGGCGACGCUACCACUAGUUUCCCCGCCAAAUGAAGUCUGAGAAACCAGUGCAGAAAUUCCAUACUGAUGACGCGUUACUACCCAGAUCUGGGUAGUGCUUUUGAUUGUAGGUCGAGUCGCGUGGGAAAUUUUAUUCAACCUAUCAGAGGCACUACUCAGAUCUGGGUAGUGACGCGUCAUCAGUAUGGAAUUUCUGUGCUCGUUUCUUAGACGUCAUUUGGCGGCAGUUUUCUCAGGCAAGCGUGGUUUUUGGUUUCAGUGAAGUGUUUUUGUGACUCGGUUUCCCAGCGAAAUGACGUCUGAGGAACGAGGGUAGUGCUUUUGAUUGGUCCUGACCCAAAGGAAAUAUGCUUCAAACAGUCAAAAGUACUACCCAAAUCUACCGGUGGGUACUGACGGGACAUGAUCAGUAUUUCGUCGCUCUUUCCUCAGACGUUAUUUCGUGGGGAAACCAGUGGUAUGAAAUAUCGGCUGUUUACUAAGGCUUUAAACCAGUGGCCCCAAGUACAGUUUGAUAAAUAGUAGUUAAGGGCACAUGCUUAAUAUUGUGGUGUCUGUCAGAAUUAUUUCAAUUGUAUUGUAUGUUGCCUUUGUUCACCAGCUUUACAACUGGUACUGACUAUGUGCCCUUCCACGCCUCAGAGCGUUACCACAGCAGUGUACAAUUUGAUGAUAAGUGUUGGAAGUGUCAUGAGCCUGUGUGUAUUGGCUCUGACUGCUUAUCAGUGGGGAUGGUACCCCAGAGCUGAUGAUGACGUACGUCAGCAUUACCUGGGCAACGAGAAGGUCGCUUGUUACCAUUGGUUACUUGCUGUACUGAUGCUGAUUGGAGCGUUUUGGACAUACGUUAUAGGAAGAAGUUACAAUAUUGGACUUAACAAAAGUGAAUUUGGUCAUCAACAGUUGAUCAAUGAGGAGCCUUUAGGACCUGAAAGGCUGCCGACUUUGCAGGAAGGCAGUAGGGUGGAUCAUGAAGCACAGACAAGUCAAUUUGUGGAGCUUAGUUGAAGCAGCCUUUAAAACUAAUGUAUUAUAAGAUUGUGAUUAUUUUAACUAUUUUUUUUACAAUAAUUAAAAUCUGUCCAUAAAUUUUAGGAAGUGGAUAUGGUCAGCCGCAGUUCAAGUACCAGUAUAAAUAUAAUCCUUAAAUUAAAAUUACUAUACCUGGCUUGUAAAAGAAUAAGUUUUUUUUUCAAUAAUUGGCGAGUCUUUCGUGAGAAACAAGGUGAAGUUGAGAU